AUGGAGUUAUCUCCGCGCGCUGCUCUGGAGCCGAAUCUUGGCCGCCGGCGUCUCCAACGUUCAUCAUCGCAACAACAGCAGCAUGAGCCACCGGAUCAUAGAGCUCGAGUCCGCAUACAAGAUGCAUCGCGUGAAAUGGCAUCUGGCGAGCGAACACCUUCACCAUCGGUGAAACGAGGUAAAAAGGCCUGCACUGAGUGUAGGCAGCAGAAGGCAAAAUGUGACGCCUACUUGAAUCCCACUCAGGCAUGCUCGCGUUGUUCAAAGCUGAACAUUCAGUGUAUAAUAUCGGAUCCCUUUCGUCGGGAGCACAAACGCAAGCGACUGUCCGAGCUCGAGCAAGAGACCGAUGAGCUGCGACGAAGACUGCGAUAUGCACAACCCGAUCCAUCUCGACCCUCGCCUAUUGCGAUGCUAACGGCUGCGGCUGAGAUGGGAGUUAAUUCCGCAGCUGUUGAGGGCGACUUGGCUUUCCAUACUCAGUCACAUACACCCCCGGUUGAGGAUUCGCAACAUGUUUUACCUUCUCCUGGACUAGGACCGCCAUUACCGGGACCGGGGAUGAUUUCAGGUGUACGCGCCCCCGAUGCGACGGAGCCCCGCUCACUGAACAACAUCUACCUGACCGGAAGUGAGAUAGACGAGCUCUUCCAGAUCUUCUUCCAACAAUAUGCUCCGUUCCUUCCAAUUCUUGACCCGGAAACCACUCCAAAUGUGUACUAUACGCAUUCACCGUUUCUAUUUUGGUCUAUAGUCGGCAUUGCGUCCCGAACCUAUUCCAAAAACCCAACUCUGCUAACUGCUCUUGCGCGCAAUAUAAACGAAAUGGCCCUACUCUCUAUCAUAUCAGGGAGCUCAGCCUGGCACUGCAUCCAGGGGCUGCUGCUAGUUCUGACAUGGCCAUUUCCGAAAGAUGCCACUAUGGCGGACGUGACGUUCCCAUUAAGCGGCAUGCUUCUCCAUAUUGCCAUGCAAAAUGGUUUACACAUUCCCAUGUCCAGUCAUGAAUUUUCCAAGAGAAAGAGGCUCCCUGCUCCAUCAGAAGCAGAAAUGAUCAGACGGUCAGAGCUCUGGGCUCAUUGUGUUAUCGUCUAUCAGCGUACGUGUGUGAUAAAAGGACAACCCCCUCGCUCUCUAGUAAACCUGGAACUGGAUGGGGACCUGAAACAUUCGUUGUUCCAGAGGAUCUCUCCAUCGCUAGUGCUUGAACUGAAGUGCGAGGAUUUGAAAACCCGGUGUAGUACAGCAGUACUGGAGCUCGGAGUCCGGAACCUAUCCUCUGAACAAGAGAGAUCGCUCGAUAUACUCUUACGGGCAUAUGAUGACCAAGCACUUGACCUGGAGGCGCAGGCGUUCUCAGCGUACGACAGGUUUGCUACGAGCAUGUGCCGUCUGAGUAUCCAAAUCUUCCACCUUUUCCGAAAUCCCAAUUCAUUCUCAUCAGGCUGUCUGGCAACGCUGACGACUGCCGCAUGUGACACUAUUAGCAGCAUACAUAGUCUGGGACAAAGCAUGGCCGGUUAUGCUACUUCUCCCAUCCAGAUGAAUUAUGCGUUGCUUCUAGCAUCCUCAGCCCUCCUACGGGUAUUGAAAGGCUCCCAAUGGGCUACCAUGGAUGUUGAAAAAGCCAAGACAUCUUAUUUCACUGCAAUUAACCUGGCCAAGCAAAUGUCAGUUUACAACUUUGAUAUCGCGGCCAAGACUGUCAUGGUAUUAAGCCAACUAUGGAAUAGCACCAAAGCGUUCCGGAAGGCAGAUGGAAGUGAAUACCUCGCUCUUCGGAUCCGGAGCCGGUUGGUCGUCAGUCCUGUUAUCGAUACGGUGUGGUGGUGGCGAGAGGAGUUCGACCCCCAGUUCUAUAGCACGGUCACUUCCCAAAGCAAUGCCCCGGAAGGAACCGAUGCAAACCGCGACAAUCUAGCUAUUUCAGGGAACGUGUCUGGAGGCUCUACGGAUCGGCCAGAUUUCUCGUAUUUUGACGAGCAAUUCCAGGCGGACUUCGAAUGGGCAUUAACGGAUGAGUUUCUCUUCGCUCCCACCGAACCGUACGGACCACUGUAA